UUAUAAUUACGUAGAUCUAAUCCAACCGCCCGAAAGUGUUAGUUGAAUGAGCAUAAAUACUGGGCAGUCUGGGGUAGGAAAUACCCAUUUCCAGGAGCCUGAAGUGAGCAAGAAACAAAAAUUUUAAGAACAGAGAUCGAAAAGGAGAGGGCCGAGCUAUGGCAGGGGCAGAGGAAGUUCUGGUCAGGACGAAUUUGGAACAGCUGAGGAAGACAUUCCGUUCAGGAAAGACAAAGGAGGAAUCCUGGAGAAGGGAGCAGUUAAAAGCUUUGCUCAGUCUCCUUCAAGAAAGAGAGCAUGACCUUGUCUCUGCCCUCAAGCAAGACCUCGGCAAACACCACGUUGAAGCCUAUAGAGACGAGAUAGGACCACUAGUGAAGUCUAUAGAUUUCGCUUUGUCCGGGUUGAAGAGUUGGAUGUCCGGUAAAUCGGUCAAACUGCCCAUUGCAGCAUUUCCUGUGAAAGGAGAUAUAAUCCCUGAACCAUUGGGUGUAGUACUCAUUUUUUCGUCUUGGAAUUUCCCUAUUGGGUUGUCAUUGGAACCCAUCAUCGGAGCAAUCGCCGCAGGUUGUGUGGCUGUCCUUAAGCCUUCCGAGCUAGCUCCGGCGUGUUCAUCACUACUAGCCAAGCUAAUCCCUGCUUAUAUUGACCGUAAGGCUGUUAAGGUCAUUGAAGGUGGAGUUUUGGUUUCAGAGAUUUUGUUGGAGCACAAAUGGGACAAGAUUUUCUUCACAGGCAGUGCACAAGUAGGCCGCAACAUUAUGUCAGCCGCGGCGAAGCACCUUACUCCUGUUACAUUGGAACUGGGAGGGAAAUGCCCUGCUGUGAUUGAUUCUCUUUCCAGUUCUUGGGAUCAAAGUGUUGCAUUGGAUCGGAUUCUUGCAGCGAAAUUCGGUAUCUGUUCUGGUCAGGCAUGUAUUGGAAUUGACUACAUUCUUGUAGAAAAAAAGUUUUCAGCAGAGCUGGUAGAACUUCUGAGGAAAUGUAUCAAAAAACAAUUUGGAGAAAAUCCAAAAGAAAUGCAGCAUUCUCUUGCAAGGAUAAUAAACAAAAAGCACCUCAUGAGAUUGAAGAAUUACUUGGAUGAGCCUGAGGUCAGAUCUUCCAUAGUCUAUGGUGGUUUGCUCGAUGAAGACAAUUUGUUUAUGGGCCCAACCGUGCUGGUUGAUCCUCCGCUAGAUGCUUCCAUCAUGACAGAAGAAAUUUUUGGUCCGAUUCUCCCCAUAAUAACGAUGAAUGGAAUAGAAGAUAGCAUUGAAUUUAUCAACUCCAGACCAAAACCUCUGACCAUUUAUUGCUUCACUAAUAAUGAAAAUCUGAAGAAAAAGAUUGUGUCUCAGACAUCUUCAGGAAGUGUGGUGUUCAAUGAUGCAAUUAUCCAAUAUGCAGCAGACACACUUCCAUUUGGGGGAGUAGGAGAGAGUGGGUUGGGGAGAUACCAUGGGAAGUUCUCAUUUGAUGCAUUCAGCCAUGAGAAGGCAGUUCUCAGAAGGAGCUUCCUGAUAGAUUUUUGGUUCAGAUAUCCACCAUGGGAUUUUAAAAAGCUUCAGUUCUUGAAGGCUGGCUACAGAUUUGAUUAUCUUCGCAUUGUUCUCAUUUUCUUGGGGUUGAAGAAGGUGUAUUGUGCUUAAAGGAAGAAGAAAUAAGGGGGGAAACAAAACCCCCAUCAUCAUGUUUGUUUGGUUGUCUUUGAAUUGGUAGGUAGGUUUCAUGUAAAACCAUUAAUUAUAUUUUUCGAGAUAAUAACAAUUAAUAAAAGUAGUUGUGGUAUUCCUACAUGUGGGCAAAUCAGGGAGUACAGAGAAUUAAAUAAGCCAUAAAGUUCCAAAUUUGAUGUUGAUUAGCUGAGUCAAGUCAAUACGAUGAGUAUUUAAUGUUUGGAAAACAAAAUCAAUUAAAUUAGUGAUUGCUAAUAAUGCCUG